AUGGCACGGGCUGAUGAUCACCCGUGUGAUCCGGAGUUUGUCGGCCUCAAGGGAAGCCUGUUGGUGGAAGCGAUCUUCAAGAAGUAUGGAGCUGGUGUUACGACAAUCAAGUGGCUCAACGAAGAAACAGGGGAUCGCAACAUCAAGAGAGAUCCAGUGAACAGGCCAGUGAUGGAGUCCUUGGCAGAGGCAUACUGUGACAGGAUAUUGCAGAUUACGAGUAUCCUGAACAAUUACCUUGUCAAGUACCAGGUGAAGGAAACAGUUCGACAAUGGGCCAACACACACAUCAACUACUGUGACUUCUCCUUGAACAACAGGCCUUCGCUUGUUCCAACUCGCCAUGCUGGAACUGGUGAGCGGCUCAUUCCACAAAUCUUUCUCAAGCCUGGGAAUGAGACGGCUUCAGUGAUGAACUACAUCAUCACUCCUAUGGCAACCAGCUCCGUGUUCAAGAAGCUUGAAGAAGAAGCUGGGGCAGGGGCAGCAGGAUCAGACCAACCUGGUAAGGGAAAGGGAAAGGGAAAGCGUCGGCGAGGACAAAAAGGAAAAAUCGCAGAAGGGGCGACGGAAGCGGAAGCGACCUUUUCAGCUUUGGUGUACCCAAUGGAUGGUGCCAGUGAAGAGCAUGCACGUCCAAAGACAGCGCUUGAUGAUUUCAUGUGCCUGUUCAUGUCUGUCUCUGCCAAGUGUGAGAAAUCUUUGGGUGAGUCUUGCAAAGGCGGGCAGACAUCGAUGCAAACCUACAAGACAUCCGUGAUCACACUCCUUGGGCAUACGGCCUCGUGCUUUUUCGAGUUUUGCUUCACAGGAUCUGUUGCCAUCAACGGCAAAUUUGUCCGAAACUACUCAAGCUUCAGGACAGAAAUGUCGACUUUCAUUGCUACGGCUUGUGAGAUGUCUGUGGCUAGCGCUUCCCAGGCAUCUGGCUCUGGAACAGGACGUGCGUCCCAGUCCCUGUCUGCACACAUUUCAGAAGUUCUGGGUGCCGACCCGACUGUGCUUCAUCUUGGUCAUGUGAAGGAUGAAUCGGAUGAAGCAAAAGCCCUUGCUCGCAUUAAGCUCGGUGUGCCAAUUGCUGUGCGGGGUGGUAUGGACACAUUUGUACAAGACGUGCUGCAACUUCCCUUGGAAUAUCAUGGGGCCUUCGCUACAGAGAUUUGA